AACAACAAUUCCGAUUUUGUCGUGGCCGCCGUAGCUUUGGUGGUGUCUGUCGUGGCUCUGCUAGCCACGUUUAUGCAAGUGUUGCAGCAGUACUAUGCGUCUGCUCAAGGAUAUUCGCAGUGCAAUGAAAAAGUCAUGGGCGGCUGGGCUAAGACUAAGACGAGACAGUUUCGAUUGGACGAACUGCGAUUCGAAGUCCAAUUCGACGUGCCCGUCAUUUUCGUGUCUCCGCCCACGAACCCCAACGGACCCGUGGCAGAUGCGCCCAUCUUUUAUCUCGACGGUACCCAGAAAUCCCAGGACGAUACACACUCGACUUCGACAUUGGAUCUGCGCAAAGAAUACAAGGAAAAGAGCGUAAAGGAAAAGAUUCACACGUCUGACAAUGAAAAGGCUGCCUGGUAUGUGCUGCUCUUUGCCGCCCAGCGCAUGGAGUCCGAAUCGCGAGAGUGGCAGGAGAAGCAAUACAAGGAUUUUGGGCCCCCGGCAAACCUACAUGGCAUUCCACCAAAGCCUCCAACGCUGAUAGAUCACCAUACCCUGACUGUUGCUGUGCAGCGGAAACGCAAGAGCUGGGAUACUAUGCCCCUCAACGUCACCAAACCCUACGCCACCACUACCAUGUGUCACUUGAUUGAAAUGAUGGCUGCGGUCGGUGUGUAUUGGAAAGAAUUUGACCGCAAGCGUGACCGUUACUGGGGAGAAGGCAAUGGCUUCAUGAUCUUGGGCGAGAGACUUAGUGAUCCCGGGCUCAUGUUCUCGUUUCAAGUCAAUGGCCAGUGCACCUUUAAGCGGAAUCGUGUCAUCCCUGUCGACGAGAUCAAGGAGCUGUGUUUUGGUUAUGUGCCAACCAUCUAUCGCGAGAAGUACGAUAAGAGGCGGUUGAAGGGCCCUGGCGAAGAGCAGCGAAACCUCAGCACCCUCUUGAUGGGUAGCGUACGCGAGGUUUCGGAAACUUUGACCUCGAUAGGUUGCAACAAUGUCACGACUCGAAUGUGUUUGGAUCCUGGAACACGAACAUCUCACCUCUUCCCUAUAUCAUUCGAGAUCCUCGGCAUGGUAAGCCGGGUGUUCCAUAUAGAAAACAGCAGUUUCACGUACCUCCCUAAUCCGACGCCGGAUAGCUGGGAUAAUAAGUCGGUCUCCUUACCCAAAAUACUGGAUGCCUUCUAUAUAAAGUCCCAAUUCGACCCCAUGGGAACAAAGCAUCAUUCUAUCGUAAUUGCACGCUACAGGCAACAUAUCGAACAUAUAAGGCAGUAUUUGGAUGAUGAUAAAAGCCUUGAUAGAUGGCUCCUUUUGAGGUCCCUGCAUGCAGCGUUGGACGACACAGAUGAUGUGCUCACUGCGAGGACAAAAUUGGAAAGGCAGACUAGUCACGAUGCUGAAGACGGCUCAGAGAAGCCAUACGACGCAACAUCUAGCGCGGAAAGGCACACGCGUCGGCGGGAAAUUGUUCAAGACGUCUUAAGACACCAUAUCCAGGAGGUGGUCAGACUUCUCAACCAACAGGAAGACCAAAACUCGGAUUCCCUGUCUCUCCAUCCAGAAGCGCCAGCCCCUUCAGAGAGAUCUCGUCCUAGGCCGCCGCUUCAGCGGUUCGAAGACAUGGACGCCGCUGGACCCGAUGAUCGACAAGACAUUUUCAUGGAUGUAUACUUUGAUGUUAUUCGACCCCAUGUAGUGUCGACCGCUUUUCGCACAACGGAUCGAAGAAACAGCCUUGUUGGAGGCCCUCCAAGUAUUCGCUCAAACAACUCUCUUCUCCCUCGCAGCCCUGGGGGUGAAUCCAUGGUCAAGGGCGGAGAGCAUUCGACAAAGGAGGUGGCGUUGCAUUUAGAGGAGCAGCGAGAGGUUUCUAUCGCUGUGGGAAACACUGUGGAGUCAGAAGAAAGUCAUAGCGGUAUCUCGCUCGCUGAGUUGGACGUUACGCAUCAUGACGUGUGGUGCACUCUUGUUUUCCGCAUGGUCUGCUGGCUGAUGCUGCACAACUUUAACAAGAAGGACGUCCAGUUGCCCAAGAGCGAG